AUGUACUCGACAAGUACGCAGAAGCGGGAAUAUACAUUUGCCUCAGCGACUGUAAUUGCUGACUUAAGAAGACAAGCCAAUGAACGAUUUCGUAUGAAAUAUGAGUCAGUUUUGGAACCAGGAGAGGAAGAUGUUUUUCUCACUCCUCAAGAAGAAAGCACAUUGCGCAGCAUAGUAACUGAAACGGGAGUCAGGUUUGCUGAAGACUUCAAACCUGCAAUGUGGCAUUCUGUGUUGUGGACUGCGUUUGCAUAUUUCAAACGGUUUUACUUAAAGCAUUCAAUAAUGGAGUAUUCCCCCAAAAGUGUGAUGAUGGGCUGCUUUUAUCUUGCUGCCAAAGUAGAUGAAUUUAACCUUUCAAUUGACGAAUUUGUGAGCAAUUUAAGGUCAGGAACUCCCAAAUCCAAUGCGGAAACAAUUCUAUCCAUGGAACCUGAGAUAAUGUUAAAGUUGAAUUAUCAUUUAACAGUUCACUGUCCCUUUCGGCCUUUUGAAGGACAUCUUCUUGAGAUGAAGACAAGAUCACUUCUCGGUUUUGAUUUGGAACAAGUGCGCCCGCAUGCUUCUGACUUCUUUAAGAAAGCAUUAUUUGGUGACGCUAUGUUGCUAUAUCCACCUUCUCAAAUUGCUCUGGCUGCCUUAAAAUAUGCACUCCAGAAAUUAGGUAUUUAUUUACGUGAUACUUCAUUGCUAACUCUAUCGCUGAAAAGCAAGAGGACACAGAGUAAUGCGAACGUUAUGGAUUCACGUCUCUUGUUAAUGCUUAACAUGCAGAAAUUGUUAACCUUUGAGAAAGAUGAUAACCUUAUAAAGGACCACUUCCUUUACAAAUUGUUGGAAGUUGAUACUUGGAAACCGAACAGCACCGAAAUAACGCUUUGCGAAAAGCUAAUUGCUCGACUAGAUGAAAUAAUUACUUGCGUUGUGAGUAGUGCAGUACCUGUGACAAAGAAGGACAGCGCCGCACUGCAGAAGAGGAUGCAGCGUUGGAUAACUUCUUGUCCCGAUUUGGACCAAAGAUUGCAGGCGAAGGCGAAUCCGAAUGCUCUGGAUGUUCAGAACGUAAACUCUGAUGAAGACUGA